UGCAUGAUCAAAUGAAGAUAAGUAUUUCAGAUGGGUAACAUGAGUGUAAAAGUUCCUUUAGUAGUAAAUCAAACAACCACCAUUCAGAAGACUGUAGUAGCAAAUUUAUCAUCAUAUGCCAAGUCCAAGCCCAAUGGAGCCAAGUUCCUGGUUGUUGGACUUGGAAAUUAUUCAAUGGCUGGCACAAGGCACAGUGUGGGUAUGGCAGUGCUCAAUCGCUUCUGUAAUGCAACUGGAUCAAGUUGGGUGAAGGAUCGCCAUUGCCAAGGAGACGUUGCUAGAACAACGGUAUAUGACAACAUAGAAUUGAUAUUACUGAAACCAAGGUUGAUGAUGAAUAUUAAUGGUAUAUGCAUAGCUAAAGCAGUUGACAAGUUUGGAAUCAUGCCAGAAAACUUGUACCUGGUACAUGAUGACUUGGAUAGAAACUUUGGUAAAUUCUCCAUCAAGAAGGCAGGCAGUGCUGGUGGUCACAAUGGUGUAAAGUCAGUAAUCAGUAGUUUGAAGUCAGAUAAAAUGCCAAGGUUGAGAAUUGGUAUUGGAAGACCAGUUAGCAGUGGCAGCGUUAUCAGCUUUGUUCUAGGGCGCUUCACAACUGAAGAGAAAGAACAACUGCCAAAGAUCAUGGACAAUGCCAUUGAAGUAUUGCAGACCAGCAUCAAGAAAAGGGCAUCUGGUCUGGGAUCUUGACCAUUCCUGUUGCUGUUCAUUAUUGUUAAAAAUGAGCUGACAAUUUGGAGUGAGUGAAGGACAAAAAUGCCAGAAGAAUUAUGCAUAGAUUGAAGUGGAAAUUAGAGUGAGCAAAGAAGUCUCUUUUUAUCUCACAGCAGCACUGCAUAUUUUCAUUUAUUUAUUUAUUUAAAUUCAUUUUUGAACGAGGGUGUAAACUCAAUCCGUGAGGACAUUGCUUUCCAUUGGGACCCGCAAACAAGACACAGUGAAAUAUAAAAUUAUUAAAACAAUUCAUCUUGCAUCCUUUGAAAGUAUCAGAAAAUACAAAGGAAUUAAAUGUUAAACAAGUUACAUUACAUAAAGAAAACACAAACAAGAAAUGAAUAACAUCAAAGUUUUAAAUCUGUUAAAUAGAGCAUAUAUUUCUGCUCAAUAAGUUGGUUGGAAUUUACAAGUUAAAACUAUAGUAUACAUUGUAUGAGGGCAGAUGCAUAAUUGAUGUGGGGGACAGUGGCAGAUGUUUUACAGAUGCAUUAUUAUUCCCAAUUCACUUAAGUAGAAUUAAAAGUACUGAAUAGAAAAGACAGGGGUGGAUCUAGAGAUGUCCAAAAGGGUGUGGGGCCGAAAGGUGGGGGAAGGGCGAUCAAGAGGAAAGCCUUGGACAUGCUCCAUGAAAUUUUUGUUUUCCAGGCGCCCGGAAAUAACCUGUAAGGCAUUUUAGGCGAUCAUUAAGUUAUUUUAUUUAUUUAUUUUUUUUUGUUUACUUUUAAAAAGUGGCUCACCUUCCCCCACCUUUCAAAAUCUGUCCAUGAAAGAAACCUUUCAAGGUCUCUUAUGUCAAAAUACACACAAAAGGGAGAGGGUUGUAAUAAUUAAUGGUCCCACUCAUGCAAGAUAUAGGUUAAGAAUUAUUUGUUUUGAAAUUUGUCACCACAAUAGCUUAAUUUAUUUUAUACAAAUGGUUUUAAUAAAUGAAAAUCAUUGAAAAAAUAAUU